AUGGCUGCGUCCUCGGCUGCACGAGAGGCUCUCGAUGCCAACCUCCGGGCGGUUAUCCUCGGAAGUGGCGGCAAGAAGUGGCGCAUCUAUCCGAUGCGGUCGGCGGCUGCUAGUGGAGGCGGUGGUGUGGCAAGCGUGGGUGCUGCCGCCCAGGUCAAGGCAAAUGCUGAGAAUGUGAUGGAGAUCUGCAGGCGCGGUGAUGUGUCGGCGCUGGUGAUUCUGUGCAAAAAGGUCGGCGUUGACGCGCUCGUCGCGUAUCGUGACGCCGCAGGUGAGAGCGCGUUGCACGCCGCGGUCGAGUCGCCGACGCCGGACAUUGUCAAGGCUCUGCUGCGGAUCUCGUGCGACCCGAACACGACGCAAGAGGGGACACUCAACACGCCACUGCACAAGGCGGCAAUGUUGGGCAAGACCGACAUGUACACAGAACUUGUUGACGCUGGCGGCGAUGCCGAGCGCGUCAACUCGAUGGGCCUCACCGCCGCAGGCAUCAUCGCCAACACGACACUGGGCAAGGGCAGCAAGGGCAGCGCGAGCGAGGCUAGCGAAGCUGCAGGCGCAACCGCGGCCUCGCCUGUCAAGCACAAGUUCCAGGCCGCGGCGCGGGCGGCACUGGCGGUGAGCCGCGGCGCCAAUGCGAGCGAUGCCAGCGCAGGGGCGUCAAGCUCUUCAGAGCCGAGAAGCAGCAGCACCAAGUGCGCGCGGAUGCGGCUUCCGGAGCGUAGCAUGCCGCAGAUCCACGUUGGCGGCGACGAUGUCGACGGUGGUUCCGGGUCUGACUCGGACGCGUCGGACGCCGGUGAACCGGUCAUUUACUCGGUGGAGCUUGCCGACGCGGUCACCAAAAAGGUGCGCGCGUCGGUCAACAUCACGGGAUGGGCGCUGCUUGGUGUGGUGGCGGAGAAGAUCGGGCUCGAGCCUCAGGCUGCGCCGUACUUUGCAUGGUGCUUUGCCUCGCCGGACGCACUCCCGGUCUACACGUGGCUCGACAUGGGCCUCCCUGUCUCGGCCAACGGGCGGGCGGACGAUGCGCUGCUCCUUCGGGUCAAGUAUCCGUCGGCUAACAUGCGGCGGCUGGGCGAGGAGACGCCGGUGGCUAUGAACCUGUUGAGGCAGCAAGUGAUGCAGGACGUGCUGGCCCAAGGCGCCGGCAUCCACUCGCAGUCUGUUGUCCUCAUGCUGGCGGCGUACCGCAUGCAGCUCAACUACGGCAACCACAACCCAAAGACGCACCAGCCGGGCUUUUUGGAUACGCUCAUGGACAAGUACGUGUCGGCCGACAUGAUGGCGGUCGGGGCGUCCGAAGUCCUCGCGCUCCAGGCACAGCUGUUCUCGAUGCACCGGGGGCUAGAGGGCCUGACGGCAAGCGAGGUGCACGUCAAGCUUGAUGCGCUGCUCUUCUCGCUCCCAACUUACGGCGCGCAGGUCUUCCCGUGCACGCUGGCUGGAACCGGCGACGCUGACGACAUCUCAGUGGUGCUGCUUGUGGGCGCGACAGGCAUGCUCUUUGGUACACCGCUCACCAACAUUCACUCGGCGGCCUACCCGUCGUACAAGUACCUGCCGUUCUCACAGAUCAAGCGGUGGAAGGCGAUUUCGACGGCGCUCAUCACACAGACGACGACCGAGUUUGCGGCCGGAGGCAAAGAGCAGGUUCUGCAGUUUGUGACGCCGUCGGCGCGAGCCAUCCUCACGUUGCUUAACGACUACUACACCCUCUACUACCAGCUUGUGGACGACGUCGAGGUCUCGCUGCCGCACCCGGACGAGUCGACGAUCUCGGCGACGCUGCUGCCUGCCGAGCUGUUUGGACGGCCGCGGGCCAUGUUUGCGCCGGACCCGGAGCGGUCGCGGCUCGACAUUCUCUGCAGGGUCUACAAGUCUGCGCUGCGGCUGCAAGUCGGGCGAGCCGACGCGGGCUCGAUCCUGGCGCAGGCGUACGAGGCGCUGUACAAGCAUGAGACGCUGCGGCGGCUCAAGCUGCGCAACCCGCGGCAUGCAGCCGCGUUGUUUGAGGCCAUCCACCGCGCACAGAGCUACGUGAGCGUUGGGUUCGGAGGCGAGCUGAUGGAGAACCUAGCGCUAGCGGAGCUGGACCUGACGGGCGUGCCGUUUGCGUCGUCCGAGGCUGGCACCAAGGCGCUCAAGCUGCUUGCAGACAUUGCGCCGUCGAUCGAGAAGCUCAUCAUGCGCGGGUGUGCCAUGGGCGAGUCUGCGGCGAUGCGGCUGUGCCACGUGGUGCAAGCCGGAUCGAUGGCGCUCCGCGAGCUUGACAUCUCGCUUAACGACCUCGGCCCAGCAGGAAUGGACCAGAUCCUGGGCUUGAUGCAGAAAAAGCGGAUUCGAUUCCGCAAGCUCAAUCUGGCGUCGACCGGUAUGACCGACGCGUGCGUGCCGGUGCUGAUGGAGAUUGUGCGCGGUUCAUCGGACAUGAACGACACCGAAGAGCUGGACAUUUCGUACAACAAGAUCACGGACAAGGGCUUUGGCGAUUUGUGUCUCGCGCUCGCGCGGAACCGGUUCCUCAGGACCUUUGCCUUUGGUGGCAACUCGGUGACCGACAAGUCGCUGGGCGUGUUUGUCAGCGAGGUUGUCGACUCGCCGUCGGUUGUCUUUACUUCGCUCUCGUUUGCGCACAUCAAGAUCGGGUCCAAGGCUAUGGAGCCACUCAUUCGGGUGGCGACCGACAAGUCACUUGCCGAGCUCGACAUCACCGACUGCAAGCUGGGCAAGAAGAACGCGCUGGCGCUGCUCGAGGCCGUGACGGCGUCGCGUGGGCGGACGCUGACCUCGCUCAAGAUCGGAUCGAACGGGUUGGACAAGGCGGCCAUCGAGUUGCUGAGCUCGGAGCUUUCGACCUCGCUCUCGACGCUGCGGUACCUGGACAUUGCCGGGGCCGGCGUGGGCAAGAACCAAUGGGAGGCGUUCAUCGCGGUCAUCGGCACGUCGCAUUUGGUCUCACUCAGCCUGGUCGAUACAGGACUGACGGACAAGUCGCUCGCGCUCCUCUGCGCUGCACUCUCGUCCAACACCCACCUGCGCAACCUCAACCUUGCCCGCAACGAGAAGCUGGGCAAGGGCCUCGGCUUGACCGCCAUGGCUGCCCUGCUGGCAGCCAACGCGUCCAAGCUGACCAACGUCAUCCUCUCGGCCUGCAAGCUCAAGGAUCGCAACCUCGAGCAGCUGCUGCCUGCCAUCCACACCAACAUCACGCUGAUGGCGCUCCAGCUCGACGGCAACCAGUUCCACGACACCGUUCUCGCUGACUUUCUGCGUGCCAUUGACCUGUCGUCUAACUACAACCUCGCUCUUGUCGACAUCCGCGACAAUCCCGGCUCUGACUCGGCCGCAGUCUCGGAGCUCCUGCCGUUGGCGGCGCAUGCCGAGUGUGUGGUGGGUCACUGAUCGUGCGUGAGUUGCGAUGAUGUGCAAAAUGAAGUGAUGAGAACAGGA